AUGCCACCUCAACAUAAAUUAGGAAGAAAAACAAAACCAAUUUGGCAAUGGUUUAGUAAAGGUGAAAAAUUAAACAGUUCACACUAUUUAGCACAAUGUAAUUUUUGCAAACAAAACUGUUCUGGGGAACCUUCAAAAAUGGCUAAAUAUUUAUUACUAAUAUGUGAAGAAAUUCAUCAAGACAAACUUGAUAAUAAUUUAUUACUUCAAGUUGAUAAUUAUAACGAUAACUGUAAUGAUUUAUCAAAGGUUAAAAAUACUUUAGUUUUGUCCAUUGGAGAAAAAGCAUCUAUUAAUUAUCAAUUACUUAAAGCAUUAAUUUUAGCCAAUGCACCAUUAUUGUUCGUGGAAGACCCUGAAGUAAUUAAACUAUUUCAUAUGCUAAAAUCUGAGUAUAAACUUCCAUCGUGCAAAUGGCUAAGUACAGAUAUUUUAGAUAAAAUAUACGAAAAGGUUCAAUGCAGCAUUCAACAUUUUAUAUCAGAUUCUAUGUUUUUAACACUAUCUGGUGAUGGAUGGACCAAUGUUUCAAAAAAUGGCAUGUUAAAUUUUAUUAUAACAAAUGAAAAGCACAAGAGUCAAAUUUUAAAAAUAGAUAAUUACUCUGAUCAGCAUCAUACGAGUAAUAAUAUAUUUGCUAUAUAUAAGGAAAUUGAAAUAAGUCUUGGAUUAAAUAAAUGGAUAGCUUUUAUUUCAGAUAGUGGACCCGAUUUUAAAAAAGUACAACGUCUUAUGCGUGAGGUUAUCGCUUUUAUACAUACAUCUUAUUUAAUAUCAUGUUCACAAGGAAGUGAUAUUAUAAUUGAUAUUAUUAAUAAUAGUGAAUUUUGGUUGAAACUUGAAUUGUUUUAUAAGUUGUUAAAACCAUAUGACUAUGUUAUAAAAAUUCUUGAAACAGAAAAGGCAACAUUAGGUCAAGUAGCUGCAUCAUGGGCAUGGCUUCAUGGAAUUGUUGAUAAGAGCUCAUUUACUAAUAACGAUUUUAAAGAUUCAUUAAUAAUAGAAAUUGAUAAUUAUUGA